UUUAACUACCAUGGCGUCUGAAGAAGUUGAUGUUGCCCCUAAUGAGGAUUUUAGCGGGACAGAUGCUGUUGACCUAGAUUUGGAUCUCGACUAUGACAGUUUUGAUGAAGGGGGAAGUGAUCGACCUGCGGAAAGGUGGGCACCGUUGGGUGCUGCUGUCAGCCCAACUCCGUCACCUUAUGAACCAAGCCACGUGAGUCAGAGAGACGAGCUAGAACGUCUGGAGGAAGAGCAGGAGCAGUUGAACUCAUCACUGUUGGCCCUCACCACACACUUUGCCCAGGUCCAGUUCAGGCUCAAGCAGAUUGUCAGCGCGGAGCCCGACGACAAGGAGACGCUGUUGAAGGAGCUGGAAGAGUUUGCUUUCAAAGGCAUCCCGGAUGUUCGAGGUUGCAAGACUCAGGAUGCUCAGAUCCUGGAGGAGAUGAGUGACCGGGAGCAUGAGAGCAAGAUCUCGGAGCAGCGGGAGAAGCAGAGAGAGUUGAUAGAACAGCUCAAGUCUCAGCUUGAGGACCUGGAGACCUACGCUUACGAGACGGGGGAUGCAGACAGCCUGCCCACCAGUAAAGUGAUGGAGAAACAGAAGGUCGUCUUGGAAGAGUUGCGGCAUAAACUUGAUCUCAAUCUGGAGAAUUUCGAUAGCCUCAGCACGGAAGAGUUACGCCAGGUAGUAGACAAUGCUGUUGGACAGAUCGUAAAUCCGGCAAAAGUAAAGGAGAAGCUGGUGGAGCAGCUGAAGACUCAGAUAGUGGACUUGGAGAGGUUUAUACAGUUUUUGCAAGGUGAAGCCACAAGUCCAGGGCCUCUGGGAAAAGAAAGAUGUAUAUGUCCCAUGCACGAAGAGUCAUCUUCUGUUCCCCUAACUGGAGUGGGACAAAAAGGAAUCCACUCCUCAAGCAACAAGAAAUCAAAAGAUCAUUUCCAGUUUGGCUCAGCAGGCAAGAAAGAGGACCACAACAAGCAGCUCAACGACUCGACCGCUACCAUAAUGAAGAAGGCCCUGACUGUGCUGCAGAUCUACGUCAUCAGUCACCUGGGCUGCGGCAGCCGUGACUUUAAGCGUAAUCUGCUCAAGAAGACCACAAGGGGAAACCACUGGGGUGACCUGCGAGCCAAGCUGGAGAUGGCUGUUACCCGCUGCAUUGACCUGGCCGAGCAGCAGAAACUGGAGGCCAAGCAAGACACAGACACUGACGAAUACUCCUCCGAUUCCGAUGAGCAUGUGCACCAGAGCAGCCCGGCCCUGACCCAGUGUGUGAGGAAAGAGCUGGCCAUGUCCAUCCGUGACCUCAUGGAGCACGGCCUCAUGGAGGUGGGUCAGUCCACCAGCCUGGUGCCCUUUGGCUGUUUCCCCAACCGCUCGGCCAACGCCACACGCAUGCUGCACGCCUGGGACCUGUUCCUCAAGUAUUACGAGAUGAAGCAUGGGCGAGAGUACAAUGAAUCUCCGGCCCGAAAGCUCUCUCAGUCCUUCCACUUGGACAUGGUCGGGGGCAAGCCAAUCACAGCCAAGCAGACCCUGUUGGGGGCCAUCAACACCGUCAUCAACUCUCACACGCCCCUCAAACGGAGCGAGGAUGCUCACCUCAAAGCCUUCAUCUGUUUGGCUCUCAAUGAGCGCAAGCUGGUGACCUGGCUACGGCUCUUGUUCCGCACCCAGACUCUGAUUGACACAUAUUACCAGGACUGGAGCUACGUGGCUCGAACAGGUUUCGAGGAUGCCUUGAGGUCCCUGGAACGCUUGUUGGUGAUAAACUUCAACCUGCCUGUGGACCUAGCUGUCAGGACCUUCAGUAGCAUCAAGGACGCAUUUUGAUCCGGCCAGAUUUCUCUCAUCAGAGGUUACGUAAUCAAGGUCAAGAAUUUGGCGGCGCGUUACAGCAAGCAAAAUUUUUUGUGGCUAUAUGGGGAUGUUAAAAAUAUGAGCGUUUCUUUGAGACUUGUUUAUAUUAUGUUACUUUGCAGGUAUCUGAAGUACUUGCCAAGUGAUUGGAAAUUUUCUUUGGGAAGUCACUUUAGUGUGCAUGUGGGGGCAGGGGGGGGGGUUGAUAUGAACAUUGCUAAAUUAUGUUCUUUUCAUCAUCAACUGAAAUUGUCUGUUUUUAGGCAAUUGGCUGGCUUUUUUGGCAUUAAGUGAAAAGUAAUCCGUCUACCUCUUCCUUUCAAGGUUCCCAGGCCCUUUAUUUCUGGUAGUCGUGUCUUUAUUGAAAAUAGUUAUGUUCAGUGUUUGGCUGUGGCGCUGCUCUUUAAUUGCAGCACAAAAGACUUAUCAGUGUGGGGAAUUUGUGGUGUGGGCCACGGUUUGACAUGUUGUAGGGAUUUAGAGUGACUGGUUGUGUGUAACCUUCUUUACUUUGACUUGUACAUGUCACUAACACAAACACACUGACACAAACACACUGACACAAACACACUGACACAAACACACUGACACUGACA